AUGCCGAGCGUCAAGGACCUCAAAUACUUUAUCCCAUCAGCCGCCACGGCAUCCAUCUACCUCUAUGCUCAAGGGCCAACAAUAACAGCCAUUGUCUGGGAUCUGAUGACGGGCGAUGAGAUAUCCCGCUUUGUUUCGUACGAGACGCUCACAGUUGCCUCGUGGAUGCGUAACGGAAAUGUUGCAUUUGGCAACACGCAGGGAAACAUCAUCCUUUUUGAACCGACAACAUCCGAGCACAUCUCAGCUCGGACGAUUGAUCAGAUUGCAGUGACAGCAUUGGCUCCUUCGUCCGACUGCCGGACCUUUGCUAUCGGAGGCCCAUCACCUAUUGUCACCCUUUCCUGGCAUGCGUCGUCCUCGAGGCAGAAGUCAGACAUGCUGGCUGUACAAACACACGACGGCGAUCUGCGGGUCUGGAGUGUGGCCAAGUCGUACAACGCUGAAGACCCCGCCAAAGUGGUCAGAGUGCUCCGGAGGAACGAGAACUUCCUGCCUGGCCCUAAUUGGAUGGGGUGGUCCAAGAACGGCCGCAUCAUCCAGUACUCAGACUCGGAAACGUUUUCGUGGGACGUAAGGACCAAGCAUGUUACCAAGGACUCUAUUCCGACCCUUGAGCAUGUAAAAGGCCUGGCCGUCUAUGGUCCUGGGGCCAGUCUUUUUACUAUUGGGCCAAACAAUACUGUGCAGCAGUUUGAUCUCAACUCUCCGGCCAUCAUGGUAGCAAACGUACAACACCCUGCUGGCGUUCUUCCGCCAUCUCCUCCCACCUCCGAAGAGACGGGGGGCCGGUCGGUGCACUCUGCAACGACCAUCCAUACCUCAGAAUCCGAGUCGAGCUCUGUCCCUCUUGAGAUGGGCAUAUCCGAGAGCGAUGACGACCACCUGUCCCCUUUCCAGCGGCUGGCAAAGCGCAACCCCCCUGAAGUGAGAAACGAAGUAUAUGACACAGGCAGCCCGGCCUCCAGCCAGAGCGGCAUGUCAUCUUUGUCAAAGUCCUCGACAGGCUCUCGCACACCCGGUAGACAAGCUGGCUCGCUAAGAUCGCGAGGGAUGACAGAGGGGACAUAUAUCUCCGCUGGCUCUUCCUUGAAAACGUCAACAGUUGGGCGGCGGGAGGCGGAUAAUUAUUCGAUGGGGUACACGCUUCCCAGCACAAGUGGUCCAUCUUUGGCCUCAUCCAAGUCCAAACAUCGGCCAUCUCGUUUGAGACACGAGGUGCCAAGGAGCCCCGACGAUGCCAAGGUGCAAGACCUGUUCAAAUAUACUCGCUCACGCCUGAGUGAUCUUCCAUAUAAACAUCCGAUUCCCACAGGUCAAGCCAACCCUACCAAUGACGAUUUGCGUCGACAGAUGCUCAGCACCAUCUUUGGAUGGAACAAGGAGGUGGACGACCUAAUUCGCGAUGAGAUGAGCCGCUAUCCCGCCGGAUCAGCUAACCGCAUCUUGCUCGCAAAGUGGUUGGGCGAUAUCGAUCAAGAUAUUAUGGCCGCUGGCUCUCAGAAUAUGACUUCUCAAGACUGGAUGCUGCUGGCCUUGAGCGGAAUCGGCGGCCAGGCAUCCCAGCACAAACUCGGUCGCGUCUACGUCCAGCGCCUCUUGGAGAACGGCGAUGUCCAUGUCGCAGUGACGAUUAUGCUUGGCAUGGGCGACUAUAACGAUGCCAUUGAAGUCUACAUCUCGCACAAGAGAUAUAUGGAAGCUCUCAUCCUCACUUGCGUGGCGUUCCCAAGCGUCUGGGAGCGACAGGCUGCCAUCGUGCGUAAAUGGGGCGAAUGGGCUGUUAAGCACGGCCAGCAACAGCUGGCGAUUCGCUGUUUUGCCUGCACCGACCAAGAAUCCUCAGAGCCUUGGACCUCGCCAUCAGCUGCUCAGCUCAACUUCCAAAACAUCACGCCCAGUAUCCCUGAGAUGUUGAGCCCUCCACUGUCCCCUCCAGGAGUUCAAAGGGGCCCCCAACGCAGUGUCGCCAAAGCAUCGGCGCUGAAGCUAAUCACGUCGUUUGGAGACCCAAACCAAAAGGCCAAGUUCUACUCGCAGGCUGAUGGCGGCCAAACGCCUAUUGCGGCCGGAGUAACGCCUAUUGCUGAAUCGGCUAUAUCUCCAGGAGGUGCCUUUGAUCCUACGACUGCGUUCCUUCGGCCGUCUGGCAAUAGUAGGUUCAACACGCCGACAUCAGCUCGCCCCGGUCAAGGCUUCAAUCGUGGCCGAUUGCCCUCGAUCGGAGAGGCCACCUUUGAUAGAAAUACCCUAAAGCCCAUUGACAACAUCGCAAAGAUUGUUGACGCACCCCCGCAACGAGCGAGCCAUUCUCGCAAGUCGUCCGCCACUCAGGACAACUUGACGACGGGUCUUGCGAUGCAGCGCGCUGCUACAGCCAGCCCGAUGAUGAUGAGAGACCAAUACCAGCGGGUCGUCCAAGGGUACUCGGGAGAGCGGCCACCGUCCCCCGAUCAGACCAUCAUGAGCAGAUUACAGGAAGUUCACGCAGCGCAGCGAAACGGCUCCCGUGAUCGGAUUCCCGCACAUCUGCAUCUGCAAUUGCAGACACAGCCGCCUAUGGCGGACGCCAUGUCCCCUGACCAAUCUGCCGCCUCGUCCUCUCGCUAUCACUGGCCAUCUCGUCGUCGCGGCACUGGCCCAGGUGCCGCAUCUGUGGCUGGCUCCAUUACAUCCACCUCGAGCGCUGGCCGGAGUCACAAAUCGAACCCCCGGCAUAGAGAUGAUUAUAUCCAUAGCCUGGAGGCGGCUCAGAGUUACACAAAGAGAGCUGGAAGUAGAACGAGAAGCAAUGAAAGGACCAGAGAUGUGUCCACCGGUCGCCAUGGCAGCCGGGAGCGACGAGCCAAGUCGCGCGAUCCUUCGGAAGAGCGUGGUAGAGCUUCUGCCAGAACUUGGACAAAGGCGAAACGAUCUCCCACGUCCCCUGUUCCAAUGUCACCCGAAGACUUGGCCAUUCUUAGUACGCAAAACUUUAGCAAUAACGUUGAGCCCCUCACGAUACGGAAAGCAAGCGUGGCAAAGGGAAAGACGAGCGGACGAGCGUCUAGCCAUGGAAGGAGCCGAUCGGCUCCGCGGUCGCCACCAUCGCCAGUGCCACUAUCGGCGACUGCCCUGCAUUAUCAGGGGUCAGAGGAUGAGGAAGAUUUUAGAGCGGCCAUGCAGGCCCAAAUAGAAUUCAGGGCCAAGCAUAGCCGGAGCGUUGGCCACAACGUUAAUUCUCCCGCCGUAAGUCGCCGUGAACACACAGAAAGCCGACGAAGAGAGGCGACAGAGUCUCGAGAAGCUGUCCCAGCAGUGUUGAGCCAUACAGUCCACAUUCGAGCCGCAUCUACCGAGCACGCCGGUGACUUGAAGAAAAUGAAGGAUGAGAGACAGCGAAAGAAGGAGCAGGCCGCGCGAGAGCUAGAAGAGCGUCGAAAAUCUCUUGCAAAGCGACAGCUGGGUCCUCAAAUCCCCCACCCAAGCGAGAUAUCCCCUCGAAGGCCUCCAAUUUUGGUAGAGGCCGAGGACGAGAUACUGCCGGAUGACCUCCCUCCUCGCUCUGCGACAGAACCUCCGAGGAGCAUGUAUGCGCGAAACGGACCCCAAAUCGGCCUACCUGCUACUCCCAAGGCGAUGAGACUCAUUCUCCGGUCGGAUGAUAGCCAGUAUGAAGAGCUUCCUCCUCCACCGGUUCCCACAACAUUCUCCCAAAAGUAUUCCCCGCAGAGCUCACCACAAUACUCUCCGCAAUACUACAUGGAGAAGAAGAAGGAGCAGCCGCUGACAUUGCUGCCGUCCACUGUUUACCAACUGCCGUCAACAGUUUAUCAACCCCCAUCCCGACCUAUGAUUCCGCGAAGCAUGUCGGCACCAAUCCCCGAGGAACCUGCUCAUCAAACUCGUUUCGGGAGAAAGGGGAGUGCCAAUGAGGGCAGGGGCCUCGAUGACAUUGUAGAGACGGAAUGGCGCCGACAAGUGAACAACCUGGUGCCACCACCACCACCGCCUCCUCCUUCGGCACCUGCUACUUUCUUGAAGGAGCUGCAGCAUCUAGCCGUCCCCCCUCCUCCCCCUCCAGCCCCGCUGCCACAUGUACGACACCAGCCGCCGGUUGCUGGAUCGUUGGCCUCGGGUAUGAUUGAGAUUGUCAUGGAUGACGAGGAGGAGGAGGAACCCAUGAUGGCUGCCCCAAACGACGGCAUGGUGCAGAUGAAUGCUCUUCCCGAGCCACCUGUCAGGGGCCACAAUCGCGGCCGCAGUCUGGGAGAGGGCAGCCUUUCUGGCCGCAUGACCAAGGCCACCGAACGGCUGCGUUCAGGUAGCCGUAGCCGCAAGGAGGGAUCUAUCAGCAUCAAGUCACCCCCAUUCGAGAUGUAUGGCGACGGCAAUUCCUUCAACCAGCUCAGAUCGCCCGUGGCUGGCAUCCCCCCCCCUGUUCUCUACGAUCGAGACGCCGUCCGAUCGCCAAUCGAGGGUCAUGGAAGAAAACUGUCGACUGGCCUGCAUGAUAGCGGAAUGUUUUAA